GGGGUUGGUAAGGUCGGGCCAUGGUGGGGCAGAGGUUGGGAAGAUGGCGUGGCGAGGCUUGGCGCAGAGAGGCUGGGGCUGUGGGCAGGCGUGGGCUCCACCGGCGGGAGGCCGAGGCUGCGAGGAGCUCACUGCGGCCCUGGCCCCGCCGCGGCUGCUCGGACGCAGGUUUAACCUUUUUAUUCAGCAAAAAUGUGGAUUCAGAAAAGCACCCAGGAAGGUUGAACCUCGAAGAUCAGAUACAGCAACAAGUAGUGAAGCGUAUAAGAGAAGUGCUUUGAUUCCUCCUGUAGAAGAAACAGCCUUUUAUCCUUCUCCGUAUCCUAUAAGGACUCUUGUAAAGCCUUUGUUUUUUACUGUUGGGUUUACAGGCUGUGCAUUUGGAUCAGCUGCUAUUUGGCAAUAUGAAUCACUGAAAUCCAGGGUCCAGAGUUAUUUUGAUGGUAUAAAAGCUGAUUGGUUGGAUAGCAUAAGACCACAGAAGGAAGGAGACUUCAGAAAGGAGAUUAACAGGUGGUGGAAUAACCUAAGUGAUGGCCAGCGGACUGUGACAGGUAUCAUAGCUGCAAAUGUUUUUGUAUUUUGUUUGUGGAGAGUACCUUCCCUACAGCGGACAAUGAUGAGAUAUUUCACAUCCAAUCCAGCCUCAAAGGUCCUUUGUUCUCCAAUGUUGCUGUCAACAUUCAGUCAUUUCUCCUUGUUUCACAUGGCAGCAAAUAUGUAUGUCUUGUGGAGCUUCUCCUCCAGCAUAGUGAACAUUCUCGGUCAAGAGCAGUUCAUGGCAGUGUACUUAUCUGCAGGUGUUAUUUCCAAUUUUGUUAGUUAUGUGUGUAAAGUUGCCACAGGAAGAUAUGGACCAUCACUUGGUGCAUCGGGCGCAAUCAUGACCGUCCUUGCAGCUGUCUGCACUAAGAUCCCAGAAGGGAGGCUUGCCAUUAUCUUCCUUCCAAUGUUUACCUUCACAGCAGGGAAUGCCCUAAAAGCCAUUAUUGCCAUGGAUACAGCAGGAAUGAUCCUGGGAUGGAAAUUUUUUGAUCAUGCAGCACAUCUUGGGGGAGCUCUCUUUGGAAUAUGGUAUAUUACUUACGGUCAUGAACUCAUUUGGAAGAACAGGGAGCCUCUAGUGAAAAUUUGGCAUGAAAUGAGGACUGACAGCCCCAAAAAAGGAGGUGGCUCUAAGUAAAACUGGGGUUGGACAAUCCUGGUGCAUCUGGUCCAUGCUGCCUGAAGCCCCAGGAAUGCAUCGGCCCUGGAGUGACCACAUCUUUGCUCCUGCCUGGAAGACACUCAGGAUCUGGUUUUCCCAGUAUUUUAAACUAUGUCCCCAGCACAUGUCUCAUUAGAAGGCGAAUUAUGACAAGGUUGUGAAAUAAAGGUUUCUAUCUCUAGUUUGUAAA